UCUGGUUGGUCUUCUCCGGGGAUCCCGGCAGGCCGGGAGGGGACACUGCGGGGCCCUAUGUGGAGAGAUGCCUGGCCUCUCGGCGCUAGGCGCGGUGGCAGCCGCGCUGGUGGCCUCAAUGCUCCUGCUGCAGCGUGGGGACGAGGGGUCCGGGGCUGGCCCCAGCAUGGCGGGCAAGGAGGCUCUGCCGAAGCUUCGGGAAGACUUCAGGAUGCAGAACAAAUCCGUCUUUAUUUUGGGCGCCAGCGGAGAAACCGGCAAAGUACUUUUAAAGGAAAUCCUGGGACAGAAUCUGUUUUCCAAAGUCACGCUCAUUGGCCGGAGGAAGCUCACGCUCGAGGAGGAAGCUUAUAAAAAUGUGAAUCAAGAAGUGGUGGACUUUGAGAAGCUGGAUGACUACGCUUCUGUCUUUCAAGGUCACGAUGUUGGAUUCUGUUGCCUGGGCACCACCAGGAAGAAAGCCGGAGCCGAUGGAUUUGUCCGUGUUGACCGAGAUUAUGUGCUGAAGUCUGCAGAGCUGGCGAAAGCGGGAGGGUGCAAACAUUUCAACCUGCUGUCCUCCAAGGGGGCUGAUAAGUCCAGCAGUUUCUUAUACCUGCAAGUGAAGCAAACCAGUCUCAGUGUGCCAGAGUUCAACGGCCUCUUCCUUCUGUCCAUUGAGAGCUGCAGAAGCCCAAGUGGCUUCCUCUCAGGCCUUCUGGAGAAGUGGAAGCCAAGGUUGCAGAACUACAGUUUGAUCGCUUCUCGGUGUUUCGGCCCGGAGUCCUGCUGUGUGACAGGCAAGAGUCUCGCCCAGGCGAAUGGCUGGUUAGAAAAUUCUUCGGCUCUCUGCCGGACUCUUGGGCCAGCGGGUACUCUGUUCCUGUGGUGACAGUUGUUAGAGCGAUGCUGAACAACCUGGUGAGCCCCGGCAGUGGGCAAAUGGAACUUCUGGAAAAUAAGGCCAUCCUCCACCUGGGGAAAGACAGCGACGAGCCCAAGCUGUGACCUCGGUGCCCGUCACCACGUCAGUCAUUUUGGGGGGUCUAUAAAAAGUCUCUCUGUGGUCCUUUGGUGUUCCUCUCCUCACCUGUGUGUCUCUGCACCAGCUGAUGUACUGUAAGUCACCCAGGGAGCUGCGGAAGGACAGGUCUGUAUCGCCAACCCGGAGUCUGUGGGUUGAGAACAGGGAUCGGUGGUUUUCUUUGACGUCCAUGCCCUCUGGUUCUGAGACCAGCUUUGACACACUCCUACAGAGACGGAUGCCUGAGUCGUGGCGCCCCAGGGCUCCAGGCAGGUGGGCGCUCAUGGAGCGUGUUUGCAGUCUAGUCUCUGAGCUAGCCCCAUGGUGCUGAUGAACGGCCCGUAGUUAGCUCCGUGAACACCGUGCCUUUACUCCGGGUCAGCACGGCACCUAGUUAGCUCCGUGAACACAGCGCCUUUACUCCGGGCCGGCACUGACGUUAUGAAACGAGCUUCUGUGAUUGGUGGAGGAUAAAAGUGAAUGGAGAAACCCUGGGUGCUGCUUCCGUUGCUGAAAACUGUGGAGUUGUUAAUGGGACGGCGCAGGGCAGGGACGGCAUCCCAGCCCCUAGCCCUGCGAGUGUCUGCAGAAUCUUACGUCGUAUGUUCUUGGCACUCUAACUCCAGCAAUCAUAUAAAGCCAUACUGUUGCCCUCA